AUGGCGUCUGGAUCGUCGGGUCGGGUCAACUCGGGAUCCAAGGGGUUCGAUUUUGGGUCCGAUGAUAUCCUCUGCUCUUACGACGACUACACCAACCAGGACUCUGCUAAUGGUCCCAACUCCGAUCCUGCCAUCGCUGCUACCAACUCCAACAAGGAAUUCCACAAAACCAGGAUGGCAAGGUCUUCGGUGUUCCCUACAAGCUCUUACAGUCCACCAGAGGACUCCUUGAGCCAAGACCUUACUGCCACAGUCGAAAGAACCAUGAAGAAGUAUGCGGAUAACAUGAUGCGCUUUCUCGAAGGCAUCAGCUCACGCUUGUCUCAGCUAGAACUCUACUGUUACAACCUUGAUAAGACGAUUGGAGAGAUGAGAACGGAUUUGACUCGUGAACACGAGGAGGCUGAUGUGAAGCUUAGAUCUAUGGACAAACAUCUUCAAGAGGUGCAUAGGUCAGUGCAGAUUCUCAGAGACAAACAAGAGCUAGCAGAUACUCAGAAAGAGCUAGCGAGGCUUCAACUUGUGCAGAAAGAUUCAUCUUCCUCGUCUCACUCUCAACACGGCGAGGAACGGGCCCCAACUCCCGUUCCGGAGCCUAAGAAGAGCGAGAACACCUCAGAACCACACAACCAGCAGCUUGCACUUGCUUUGCCUCACCAAAUAGCCCCACAGCCACCAGCGCAGCAGCCACAACAGUAUUACAUGCCUCCUCCUCCUCCUCCACAGCUUCAAAACACACCUGCACCAGCGCCUGUUCCUGCUCCACCAUCACAACCUCAAGCACCACCACCGCAGGGUCAGUUCAUGCCCCAACCUCCUGCUCCAUCUCACCCCAGCUCAGCCCAAACUCAGUCAUUCUCCCAGUACCAGCCACAGCAGAACUGGCCUCCCCAGCCACAGGCCAGACCGCAGUCCAGUGGAGCCUACUCAACAUACUCGCCUGCACCACCACCAAGCAACCAACCCCCAGCAGAACCGUUGGCAAGCAGCAUGCAGAUGCAAUCACCAUACUCUGGACCUCCACCACAGUCUAUGCAAGCUUACGGAUACGGUGCACCGCCACAAGCUCCUCCUCAGCAGGCAAAGAUGUCUUAUAACCCUCAAACAGGCGAUGGUUAUAUACCCUCAGGACCUCCUCCUACCGGCUAUGCCAACGCCAUGUAUGAAACCGGGCGGAUGCAAUACCCACCUCCUCCGCCUCAGCCGCAGCAGCAGCAGGGCCAUUACUUACAAGGUCCACAAGGUGGUGGGUACGCUCCCCAGCAGCAGCACCAGGCAGGUGGCGGAAACACAGGGGCACCACCUGUCUUGAGAUCAUCAAAGUACGGUGAGCUGAUAGAGAAGCUAGUGAGCAUGGGUUUCAGAGGAGACCAUGUCAUGGCCGUGAUUCAGCGGAUGGAGGAGAGUGGCCAGCCCAUCGACUUUAACGGACUCCUUGACAGAUUGAGUGUGCAGUCCUCAGGAGGACCUCCCAGAGGAUGGUGA